AUGGCUGACCCCACCAAACAAGAGACCGAGGCCGCAUUCAAGGUUCUGAAGGCCCAGAAAGCGAACAAAGUAUGCUUUGACUGCAAGGCCCGUAACCCCACUUGGUCGAGCGUUACCUUUGGCGUAUACAUAUGCCUCGAUUGUUCCAGUGUCCAUCGCAACAUGGGAGUCCAUAUCAGCUUUGUUCGUUCCACAAAUCUCGAUUCCUGGCAAUUAGGACAGUUGAGGACCAUGAAAGUCGGAGGCAACCAAUCCGCAACCGAUUUUUAUAACAAACACGGGGGCUCAAGUCUACUUUCCGCAGCUGACACCAAGUCCAAAUACCAAGGUCGCGUCGCGGAUCUAUACAAGGAGGAGCUUCAAAAACGUGUUAGAGAAGAUGCGACAAGAUUCCCACAAGGCAUCCACAUUGAAGGCGCUCCCUCUGCACUCUCGUCCGCCGCACCAGCCGCCGAUGCUGAAGACGACUUCUUUUCGUCAUGGGACAAACCCGCUGCUCCUGCCGCUAAACUGCUGCGACCACGGCUGCUCCUGCAGCACGCCCUCCGGGAAUCGGAAGAGCAGCCAGUGCGACGCAGGUUCCCCUUCCUCCGACACCCACUGCCACUCCACCCGCCGCUCCCACUGCACCUCGUACCGUCACAUCCUCCUCGCUCCGUUCAUCUUCUUCCGCCGCCUCACCUAAACCUGUUGGGUGCCACCAAAGGAGGCUUGGGUGCCAAGAAAGCUGGCGCACCCAUCGAUUUCGAAGCUGCCGAAAAGAAAGCACGCGAAGAGGAAGAGAGGAUCAAGCAGCUCGGGUAUGAUGCGGAACGUGAGCGCGAAGAGGCAGCUGCUAAAGCGGCCGCUGCUGCCGCCGCCGCCAAAACAACCGCCGCGUCGACGCCGAGCGGAGGAGCUCUAAAGCCGACUGCAGGGGAAAAGACCAGUUCGGCUGAUGUGGAGCGUUUGGGUAUGGGUUUCGGAAGGCUUGGGUUUGGGCAAGUCGCUGGUGGGCCGAGUGCUCCUGCUCCGGCAAAGAAGUACGCAGAGGUGGACGAGGUUACCACCGCCCGGGAUCGAUUCGGGAACCAAAAGGCCAUUUCUUCGGACAUGUACUUUGGCAGGAACGAUUAUGACCCCACCGCUCAGGCCGAAGCGUCCAAUCGACUCCAACAAUUCCGCGGAGCCACCAGUAUUUCAAGCAACCAAUACUUUGGACGUGAAGAAGACGCAAGUUUAUCUAGUUUAUGCGCAUUCCCUUUACUUAUGAUGUAUGCUUUCCAGGAUCUUGACAAUGCCGGCCUAUCUUCUACUUCAUUUAACAACGACUCGUUGGCUGGUAUCGAAGCAGCCGCGAGGGAUGCGUUGACCCGUGUCAUGGCGAAUCCAGAUGUCCAAAACGCAGCCGAGAGUAUUCGUGCUGGCGCAUUGAAGCUUGGCGAUUAUUUGGCACAAAUGAGCGAACAACGCUAA